AUGAGCCGUGCCUGGCGUCCAUUGUCGGAACUCAGUGUCGAUGACUAUGUCGAUGUCGAUGUCGAUGUCGAUGGCGAUGGCGAUGCCGAGCAGUCGAUCAUCGAGGAGUACAAUAUAUGGAAGAAAAAUACACCAUAUAUGUACGAUGAGAUUGUGACACACGCUCUCGAGUGGCCAUCGUUGACGGCCCAGUGGCUGCCCGGUGCAUCCGGGCAGGUAGGCAAGGAAUACUCGGUGCAUCGUCUCAUUUUGGGGACACACACGACGAACAACGAACCGCAUCAAUUGCUGAUUGCCAGCGUGCCGGUCCCCACCGAGGAGGCACAGAUUGAUAGAUCGCGUUACGACAAUGAGAUGGGCGAGAACGGUGGCUUUGGUCCGGGGUGUGGCAAAAUCAAAAUGGAGGUCAUCAUCAACCACGAAGGUGAGGUGAACCGUGCUCGCUACAUGCCACAACACUCUUGCAUCAUAGCCACCAAAUCGCCAACGAGCGAUGUCCUGGUGUUUGACUACACAAAGCACCCGAGCAAGCCGGAAAGUCCCGGCAAAUGCGUGCCAGAUCUGCGCCUGCGUGGCCACACGAAGGGGGAAUUUGGCCUCUCCUGGCAUCCGAAACAGAUGGGUUACUUGCUGUCGGCUUCUGAUGAUAAAAAAAUAUGCUUGUGGGACAUUAAUGCCGCACCCAAGACCCAUCGCGUGAUCGAUGCCGUGAACAUUUUCACUGGACACAACGCUCCAGUGCGCGAUGUCGCCUGGCACAAUCAGCAGCAAACAGUCUUCGGUUCUGUGGCUCGGAAGCUCAUGAUCUGGGAUAUACGCAACGGCAACCCGCCACAGCCAUUGUUUAAGGUCGAUGCCCAUGCAGACGCUGUGACUUGUCUGUCUUUCAUUCCCAUCUCAGAGUACACGUUGGUCACUGGAUCCGCUGACAUGACUGUCGCCUUGUGGGAUUUCCGUAAUCUGAAGAAUAAAUUACAUUUCCUUGGGGCACACCGGGGAUUGAUCACCCAGAUUCAUUGGAAUCCCUCAAAUGAAAAUAUCGUCGCUUCGGCUAGCACCGAUUGCCGCUUGAACGUAUGGAUGUUGUCGAAAAUUGGCGACGAACAAUGCCAAGACGAGGCCGUGGAUGGGCCGCCAGAGCUGCUCUUCAUCCACGGCGGGCAUACGGCCAUAAUCAACGACUUCUCGUGGUUUCCCAAUCAAAUGUUCCCAUGGACCAUAUGCUCUGUGUCCGCCGACAAUGUGAUGGAAGUGUGGCAAAUGGCCGACAUCGUGUACCAGGAAGAUGAGGAGCCGGGGUCCGAGGUACCGGAAUCCAACAACUAAUAGGAAAUCCUAAUUAAUAUUUUGCAGAGGCUUUCAGACAUAUUCUCAUCUUAAUUUUCAUCUGAGCCUAUUUCCGAAAUAAGUUAUAAAAUGAGUCAUUGUCUCUACUAAUAUCAGGAUGCGUCUAAACAUACAUUGAUCAUCUCAUUUGCUUGUCAUUAAUUCUUGAUUUUCGGGGUAUGAUAAUUGUUAAAUUGCAUUCCAGUUGACGUUCAUUAAUCAUAAUUAUGCAUUGUCUCGAACAGAGGCCUGGCCAUCAGGAAAUCUCUUAAAUAUUACACGUUAUUUGGCAUCGGAAUAAUUGCGCAAAUAUUUGCGCUUGUCUCUGCAUGAUGAUUAUAUAUAUAACACUUGCGCUGUCAAUGAGGGGGGAAAACAAUAGUACUUUGAGUGUCCCCCGGGGCAGCCAGGAAUUGGAAAUGAUAUCAUUCGACCCCACUCCCCUCUGCAUGCGUCAGAUGAAAAUUGAUUUAUAAUUUCAAAUGUACGGAAAUGAAUUUUGUUAAUUACCUGUCAACGGUCAAGAUGUGUCCAUCGCGCAGUCGAAUCCAGGAAACAGAUUUGUUGCCCAGUUGUUUGACCUGUUGAAAAGAGAGAGAGGAAUGAAGACUUGGUCAAUGGCAUGGAAAUUGAGGAAAUUUAAUUUAAAUAAAAAUGGGAAUACGAAUUUAUAGAGCGAACUAAAACGAGGGAAAAUUCAAUUAAUGUAUCAAUGGAAAAAAAAAAAAAUGGCACUCAAUGUGAUGUGAUCUAUGUAUAACACAAGCCUAUAGAGAAUAUCCUCCGAAAUACCAAUAAAUAAACCAAUAUAAUUAUUA